AUGGAGCAUCCUUCAAACGCAAACAGCGAUAAGGGUGGGGGGCUCGAGCAUAUCGAGCCGGUAACAGAUGAAGUUUCAUUGGAAAGAGCCAAUGUGAAGACCGACGACUUUGGCGGAAAUAUUGAUAGUGAUGUAGCGGAAAAGAGACUCGUCAGGAAGUUGGAUCUAUAUAUUCUUCCUGUUCCUUGGUUCAUGCUCUUCUUCAACUUCCUGGAUCGAAGUACGAUAGUGAAUGGCAAGCUCGACGGGUUGGACAAGCAGUUACAUAUGAAAGGAUAUCAGUAUAACACCUGCGUAGCAAUAUUCUCCGUUGGCUAUAUAGCGGGACAGGUCCCGUCCAAUAUUAUUAUAAACCGGGUUCGUCCGUCAUAUUUCAUGGCCGGGUUCAUGACAGCGUGGUCCAUCACGACUCUAUGCACGUUCUUAGUGCGCGACUAUAAGACGAUGUUAGUCGCACGCUUGGUACUUGGCAUCGUGGAAUCGCCGUUCUUACCCGGAAUGCUAUAUAUGCUGAGCAUAUUCUACACAAGGAAAGAGAUUGCCACACGGAUAUCGAUAUUUCACACAGGCCAGAUGGCAGCAAGUGCUUUUUCUGGGCUGAUCGCCGCCCCUAUCUUUACGAAAUUAGGGGGAGUCUGUGGUCUUGCUGGAUGGCAAUGGUUAUAUAUCAUUCAGGGGUCGUUCUCGACAGUAGUCGCCAUAGUCGGGUUCUUUUUCUUGCCAGACAGCCCACUUAAGCACAGGUGGCUGACUCCAGAAGAGCGACAGUUAGCCCAUGACCGUAUUAUUAAGGACACUACAGAAAAACGUGAAGGUACUACGAGUGUUAUGAAGGGUUUCAAAGAAGCUGUGCUUGAUUAUAGGACCUGGUUAUUGUGUCUGGCGUAUAACUUUGAUAUCUCUAGUCAUGGUUUUCGGAGCUUCCUACCAACUGUCGUCAAAAACCUCGGCUUGGACAGAACCAUGGCCCUCGUUCUUACCUGCCCUCCUUAUAUCAUCGGCGCUCUGGUCUCGAUUAUCGUUAGCUGGUCUAGCGGUCGCUUCGACGAGCGAACAUGGCACAUCACACUUUCAAACGCAGUCGGAAUCAUCGGAUAUGCCAUUAGCAUGGCAACACUUAAUACUGCGGCUCGCUAUGCGGGAAUCAUGCUCUUUGUGGGAGCUUCCUAUGGUAUGAAUAAUAUCAUAUUAGGGUGGGCAAGCUCGAUAUUAGGCCAGUCAGACGAGAAAAGAGCUGUUGCGAUUGCUAUGUGUACUAUGUCUGGCGAUAUAGGCUCGGUUUAUACUCCUUACCUGUGGCCGGAUUCAGAUGCGCCGCAAUUUAUCAAGGCUAUGUCAGCAUCUAUUGGUUUCUCAACAGGAGUCAUUAUCUGUGCUUGGCUGUUGCGAACUAUGCUCAUGAGGACGAAUAAGAGGAUACGACAGGAUGGCCCAUCCGUUUCAAACUUUUAUGUGUAUUGA